UUGGAGAUGAUGGCCGAAGUAGCUAAGUACCUCAGCUCCCUUGUAGCAUUUUCGCCGCGCUUCCCCGCGGAACUCCAACCGGACCGGAAUGAGGGGUCGAUCAUCCGCAUCGCCCUCGGCGUCAUCGUGCAUCCGCAGCUUCACCGCGAGUCGAAUUGCAAAACAAAAUAACCGCCGAUCUGGCUGUUGUUCCAUUAUGA